AUAAUUGCCCUCAGAGUUUUGGUUGGGAAAGCAUAUAUAGAAAUAAAAUACUAUAAAAACAAGUGAAUAAGAGAGUAAAAUAAAUAGAAAUAAAAAGAACAUAAAUUAAAAGUAAAACUCAACUGAAAAAUAACGUAUAAAAGAGCAAGACAAGCAAAGCGAAACUUCUGACAGUAUUAACAAUUCAAUGUCGUCGUUAGUUGAGUAGAGAAUUAGUUGUGGAGUGAAUGGUUAAACGGUGGUGGUGUUAAGAAAAUUACAAAUAAAUAAUUAUAAUAAAAAAAGAAUCAUUCAAUUUACUUCUUUAAAAAAAGUUUUUUAUAAUUUAGUAAAUCGUGACGAAGUCAGAAAAGAAUGAAAAGAUGAGACGAAUAUAAAGAAUUCGUGGUGUACAAAAAAAAAACAAAACAACUAAAUAAAAACAAUACGAAAAAAUAUUAACAAUAAAUGAAAUAUUUUGUGCUUAAUAACAAAACAAAUACAUUAAGAAAGUUAACCAAAAGGGCGUUAUUAACUUAAAAAUAUAAAAUAAAAUAAAUAAAUCUGCUAUUUUGUUUUAAAUUAAAGAAUAGCAGCUGGUUUUGUAAAUUAUAUUGAAGAAGAAAAAAAGAAAACAUUUAUUUUGUUGCGCAGCCAAGUGGGAGUCAGUUCUCUUCAUUUAAUUGUUAUUAUAGCUGUUGUAAAGUAGUGUCGUCUUCUAUACUAAAAAUAUAAACAUUGUUAUUCCUAUUGAGAUCAUACACUCGUUAUUAUCUCAUUCAUUAUUUAUGGUGUUUAGUCAACAAUUUGACUAAAUAUUAUCAAGAUUAGGAACGUGGCAAUUUCAUCUGCUUCCAGCCAACACAUUAAAGAUAAACUUUAAAUUGUCAUCAUUUUGCAAACAAUAUUAAUAAAAAAAAGAACAAGAAAACAAUAAACUCAGAUAAAAGACGUUUAUCAACAAAAACUUUAAGAAGACAGACAAUAGUAAUAAAAAGAAAAACAAAAUUACACAGAAUGAUUGCGGGUUAUGGUCCUGUUACUCAAGCUUUAUUGGGCACUCUGCUAACAUGGGGCCUAACAGCGGCUGGAGCCGCUUGUGUUAUAUUUCUGCGAGGCAAUCAACGCAAAUCUUUAGAUGCCGCUUUGGGUUUUGCGGCUGGUGUAAUGAUAGCCGCCUCCUUUUGGUCGCUUUUAUCGCCGGCCAUUGAAAUGGCUGAAAAUUCCCAUUUAUAUGGCGUUUAUGCUUUUCUACCCGUCUCUGGAGGUUUUCUAUUGGGUGCCAUAUUUGUUUAUGGCUGUGAUAAACUAAUGUCUUAUUUGGGUUUAAACUCUUCAAAUAUGAUGAUACAAAUGACGCAGAGUAAUAAAGAUAAAGCGGAUAUUGCCAUGGAUGAUAUGAAACAUAGUCAGAACAGUGUGGGUGUUAUGGAUGCUGCCAAAAGUAUGGAUAGUUUUUCUGAUUGUUUAAGUGCCCAGCAUAGUCAUAAUGAACCUAGGAGACGUAAGAAGCCUAAUAUAGAUGUUGAACGUACCAAUCAUACCUAUGUGGCUACCGAAGAGGAGAGAACAAAGGCUGAAAGUGCCGUGGCUCAAUGGAAACGUAUUAUGUUGUUAGUGGUGGCCAUUACGGUGCACAAUAUACCCGAAGGUUUGGCAGUGGGUGUAAGUUUUGGUGCGGUCGGUUCUUCUAACUCUUCCACCUUUGAAUCUGCGCGUAAUUUAGCUAUAGGCAUUGGCAUACAAAAUUUUCCUGAAGGUCUAGCCGUUAGUUUGCCUCUACAUGCAGCCGGUUUCAGUGUCAUGAGAUCCUUGUGGUAUGGCCAAUUAUCGGGUAUGGUAGAGCCUAUAUUUGGUAUUCUGGGCGCUGUAGCAGUAACAUUUGCCAGUCUUAUUUUACCCUAUGCUUUGUCAUUUGCUGCUGGCGCCAUGAUUUACAUAGUAGCCGAUGAUAUAUUACCCGAGGCUCAUGCCAGUGGUAAUGGUACCAUUGCUACUUGGGGUACCAUAGCUGGUUUCCUAAUAAUGAUGUGUUUAGAGGUAACACUAUCGUGAUGUUUAUUACUACUAAGCAUUUGUUAUGCGAACGUUUUAAUUAAGUUUUUUAACAAAGAAUGUGCCGCCGCUUUAAGCUACUUAGCCAUUCCUAGAAAAGUUUUUAUUAUCGAAAACUUUUCCAGUUAUAUAUGUAGUAGUAGAAUUUUAAUUUAAAAUUGUAGUUUGUAUGUGUAUAUGAUGUAAACUUUAAUGAUAUUGAGGUGAUAAUAUAAAGAAAAUCAAGAAAACUA